UUAAAUAAUCUGGAUACCAAUUAGAGCACCAACGUGUAUUAGCCAUCAGCUACAAAAUAAAAAAAAAAACCCCCAAAAAAAAAACCAGAGGAUUGGGAUAAGUUGUGCCAGUUGGAGAAACUUAGGAGAAAAAGUAACUAUCAAUUCAUUGUUUAAAUACACAAGCAGCAUCAGUAUACCCCAGAAUUACGACAUAUCAUCAAGCAAUCAGUUUAUUGAUGUUAAGCACUUUUAACAAUAGUGAAUACACCAUUUAUCUCUUAGUAGCGAGCAAUAAAGGGACCAGUGGGAAGGUCAUCGACGCUCGUUCAAAAGUAAAAACGCCAAGCCAAAUGAAGAGCGAGGAUUAGAUGUUGUUCCCGUUAUUUUUGGGAACAAAACAGAAGUGCUGCUACACAAUCCUGGUCGUUCACGACCUCUGUUUGUCUUAAGUAACAAACGAAUACAAACAAGUAUGUGCAUACUUUAAGAUACCAAUAAAGAUAAAGAUGCCGUCUUAUGAGGGAAUGAUAAUAAAUCUGUUGUAUGGGACGCUAUGGAAGGUGAUUGAGGCUUCCCAACCAUUUUCAUGUAUUCUUCAUGCAGCAUUGUAUUUUUACAAUUUAUCAUCCGUUUAUACCAACUUCUUCGUGAGAGUUGGUGUGAAAGUGCGCUUAAAGACUGUCUUGCUUACAUAUUUUACUUGGGCUAGUAUAAAGGAGCUUUAUAAGAUGUAUUUCACGUCUGUUGGGUUUACAUUGUGGUUUGUGGUGGCUUAUUUUUUAUUUUACUUUUUGGAGACUCUCGGUUUGCAUGAAGUUAAUAAUUUUUUGAAUUUUUAAAUAUUUCAUUUAAAU